AUGACGAAUAGCAGGCUUUCGGAUUAUUUGCGGCAGGGAAAAAUAGGUGAAGGUACAUACGGUGUCGUUUACAAGUGCCUCGAUCGGAAGUCGGGACAAUUGAAAGCGAUGAAACGUAUCAAGCUUGAAAAUUCUGAUCAGGGGAUCCCUUCCACUGCUCUCAGGGAAAUAGCACUUCUAAGAGAACUUAAUCACCCUAAUAUAGUGACGUUGGAGGAUAUUGUUCUAGAAGCUGGUCGAUUGUACCUGAUCUUCGAGUAUGUAACCGUGGAUCUCAGACGGCAUAUGGAUUCCAAGUGUGCGAAUACGGGGUUGCCUCCAAACCUUGUUAAAUCGUUCAUGUAUCAAAUGCUGCAAGCUCUUCAGUAUUGCCAUCUAAGGCGCAUUGUUCACCGUGAUUUGAAGCCGCAAAAUGUUCUGGUCGAUGUUGACAGAAGUGUUGUUAAGCUGGCUGAUUUUGGGUUGGCUAGAUGUUUUAGCUACCCACUUCGCGCGUUGACUCACGAGGUCGUGACGCAAUGGUAUCGCUGUCCUGAGGUUCUGCUGGGUGUAACUCGCUACUGCUGCGGCGUUGACAUCUGGGCAAUGGGUUGUAUUUUUGCAGAAAUGGCUACUGGGGAUCCGCUUUUUUGCGGUGAUUCUGAAAUUGAUCAGCUUUUCUGCAUAUUCCGAAUGAGGGGGUUACCAAAGAAGGAUGAUUGGCCUGAC